AUAUCACAUCGUUUACUAGCGGGUACAUCGGUAUUAUUUGUGUAGAGUGUAGACCAUAGAGUAUAAACUGGAAUAUAUUAGAGCCGGGGUAUUUGUAUAGCAUAAUAAGUAAAUAACUCAAUAAGUAUAAUUGGUUUGGUAUAUAUUUUUUGCACCUCCAUUAAUUCUCUAAAUUCAAAAUGAUAUAUCCUUAUUGCACCAAUAUGGUUUUGAUUUUAUAGUGAUAAUAUUCCAGUUGAUUUUUAACCCAACUGUAUCACUAAUAUGGCAAACCAUUAUGACGUUCCCAAUUGGGCCGGUAAACCGCCAGUGGGUCUGCAUUUAGAUGUAUUAAAAGGAGAUAAAUUAAUUCAAAAACUAAUGUUAGACCAAAAGAAAUGUUACUUAUUUGGGCGAAACGCUCAAAUGAGCGAUUUCUGUAUUGAUCAUCAGUCGUGUUCACGGGUACAUGCAGCUUUUGUCUACCACAAACAUUUGAAUAGAGCAUUUUUAGUUGAUCUUGGUUCGACUCAUGGAACAUACAUUGGCAGUAUUAGAAUCGAAUCACAUAAGCCGACACAGUUGCCCAUCAAUAGUCAAUUUCAUUUUGGAGCUUCGACUCGGACAUACAUCAUACGAGAACGACCUCAGUCCACAUCGGCAUUUGGCCCACGUCCCAUAAUGGAUCAAUUGGAAAGAGAGUCUGACAAGUCUGCUAGUUUAUUGGGCUUACCAGAAACAGACCACGAGUUAGAUAAUUUGACUGAAUUCAAUACUGCUCAAAAUCGACGUAUUUCAAUGCUUGGCAUUACCGAGGACAAUUUAAAAGGAAAACGAAAACGGACGAGAGGUGUACAUUUUAACGAAGAUGAACAGAUCAUCAAUCCUGAGGAUAUUGAUCCAUCAGUUGGUCGAUUUAGAAAUCUCGUUAGAACCACCGUUAUACCCAAUAAAAAAUUUAAAGACACGAUGGGUUUUGCAAUUGACCAAAACAACACCAGUAAUCAAAAUAAGAAUUUUAUGAAACAUAUGAUGCCCGGUGCUCAUUUGGGCAAUUCACUUUACGGUGAUCUACCAGGCGAAGAUGAUAAACAAUCUGGAUUCUUAUCGACGAUGGGUAACCGCUUGGGUAUGAAUUUGCCAAACCCGGCCCCGGAGGUCGACAUGAAUCCCAUCAUAGAAGAAAUUACCGUUACUAAACCAGUAACGGCAGAAAAAAUAGAACCAGCGUCGACUGAACCUAAAAAGAAAAAGUACGCAAAAGAAGCAUGGCCUGGGAAGAAAAAUGCUCCAGCUCUACUCGUUUAAUGUGUUUUCUAUUUCGGUGCACUUUUUUUUUUUUACAGUAAUCGUUCUAAUUGUACUAAACUUCACUCGGUAAUAUUUUACAUUAUAAUUAGUGUUUCUACAGUUUGUUAUUAACUGUAGUAAGUUUUCAUCGAUUAUCAUUGUGUAAUUUGUUAUUCCGAAAUAUAUAUGUUUUACGACAUGGCGUUUCCAUCAAUGAUUUGUU